UAUUGAAUGAACAACGUCCAUCUUGCAAAGAUGAUUGAUAUUGUUUGUUUAUUAGCUAUUUGCAUUUUUGUGCAUUUAAAAGUUGUACUGUCGAGUUUACUUACUCAAUAUGAGUAAACGAGUAAAGGCCUGCUGUGUACCAGAAGCAGAAUAAGCAAGCGAAAAGACAUUCCAUUCCUAUGAAGAAAUGAAGACGUUCGCAGAAUUUGGUUGCAAUGAAUAAAUAACCCCUAGUUAAUGAUUGCAGAUAGAGAAAAAACUCUACAUUUACCUGUGAAAAGUUAUGUUUGUAGGCUAUGAAAAAGGUGAAAAUAAUAUUUUUUGGGUACAGGAGCAACCAUCUUCAUUUUUAACUCCAAAAAAGCUGAUAGGUGUUCUGUUAAACGGUGCAGAUGAAUUUGAAGACAGCGACGAAGUUUAUGAAGCUAUAGGAGAAGUUUUGCAAGAAAUAUCCAAUGAUAAGUCCGAAGAAGAUAUCAGGAAUAUAUGUGAUCAACUACUUUGUAUGUUAAAACCUGAAAGGACUAAGGCAACUGCUAAUGGAGCAAUGAAAGUAUUAAAUGCACCAGUUCAUUUAGGUUCUAUGGUAGAUAACACAGGGCAAAAUGUAGAAGAUGUCAAAAGCAUAUGGCUGAUACAAAGAGACGAUUCACUGAAAGUUGAUGCAAAAAAAUUAGAAAAAGCCGAAGCCAAAUUACAAGAAAAACAAGACAAGAGAACUAAAGAAGUGAAAACAAUUGCACCACCUAAGCUACAAACUGCUACAGCAUCUCAAGUUACCAGUAAAAAAGAUAGUAAAUUGGAAGCCAAAGGUACUAACAGAACACAGGAUAUUAGAAUAGAGAACUUUGAUGUUGCAUAUGGAGACAGGGUGUUACUACAAGGAGCUGAUCUAACACUAGCUCAUGGUAGGAGGUAUGGUCUUGUUGGUCGAAACGGCUUAGGAAAAAGUACUUUACUUAGAAUGAUUUCAAGUUUUCAGCUAAGAAUUCCUUCACAUGUAUCGAUUCUUCAUGUAGAACAAGAAGUUAUAGGAGACGAUACUUUGGCAUUAAAUAGUGUUUUAGAAUGUGAUACUGUAAGAGAAGAGUUGCUUAAAAGAGAACGAGAGAUUAAUGCAGCCAUUAAUACUGGCUCUGUUGACCCUCUGCUGAAUAGCCAAUUGACAGAAGUAUACAACCAAUUACAAAACAUAGAAGCAGAUAAAGCACCAUCUAAAGCUUCUAUAAUUUUAAAUGGUUUAGGUUUUACAUCAGAAAUGCAACAGAAUGCGACAAAAACGUUUUCUGGGGGAUGGAGAAUGAGAUUAGCAUUAGCACGUGCUCUAUUUUCAAGACCAGAUCUUCUACUUCUUGAUGAACCUACGAACAUGUUGGACAUUAAAGCCAUCAUUUGGUUAGAAAAUUAUCUACAGAAUUGGCCAACGACGUUACUUGUGGUAUCUCAUGACAGGAAUUUCCUAGACACUGUACCUACUGACAUUUUACACCUGCAUUCUCAAAGGAUAGAUGCAUAUAGGGGUAAUUAUGAACAAUUUGAAAAAACUAAAACCGAAAAACUGAAAAAUCAACAAAGAGAAUAUGAAGCUCAAAUGCAACAACGACAACACGUUCAAGAAUUCAUUGAUAGAUUUAGAUAUAAUGCAAAUAGGGCCGCCUUGGUUCAAUCUAAAAUCAAAAUGUUGGAAAAACUUCCUGAAUUGAAACCAAUUGUUAAAGAAGUAGAAGUGGUACUCAAAUUACCAGACACAGAAACUCUCUCACCCCCUAUUCUGCAACUUGAUGAGAUUAUGUUUCAAUAUACAUCUGAACGGGUUAUAUUUAGUAAUGUUAAUCUUGGUGCUACAAUGGAUUCAAGAAUAUGUAUUGUUGGUGAUAAUGGUGCCGGUAAGACUACACUUUUAAAGAUCAUUAUGGGAAUUUUAUCUCCUACGUCUGGAAUGAGACAUGUACAUAGGAAUCUAAAAUUUGGUUAUUUCAGUCAGCAUCAUGUAGACCAAUUAGAUAUGAAUGUUAAUUCUGUGGAAUUACUCCAACAGACCUAUCCUGGUAAACCAAUUGAAGAAUAUAGAAGACAAUUGGGUAGCUUUGGAGUAUCUGGCGAUUUAGCAUUACAAACAGUAUCAAGUUUAUCAGGAGGUCAGAAAUCUAGGGUGGCAUUUGCAAGAAUGUGCAUGGGUCGACCGAACUUUUUAGUCCUAGAUGAACCUACUAAUCAUUUAGAUAUAGAAACCAUUGAAGCAUUAGGAAAAUCUAUUCAAAAAUAUACGGGUGGUGUAAUUCUAGUCUCCCACGACGAACGACUUAUACGAAUGGUCUGCAAUGAAUUAUGGGUCUGUGGAAAUGGCUCAGUUAAAAGUAUAGAAGGAGGUUUUGAUGAAUACCGCAAAAUAGUGGAACAAGAGCUAGAAGCUGCAGCACAAACAAAAUAACAUUUUUCAUUUAUUAAAUUGAAAAUAAAAGCACUGUGUUUCAGGCUUCAUGAAAUAUUAAGAUCGUGACUGUUCCAAAUAUUGCUCUCAAAAUAUUAAGUUUUUCCCAUUUUAUGGGAAUGAAUAUAAUAAGAUGAAAGAAUAAAAUAACAUUUAAAAAUGGUGCUUAUUUCCACUCAUUGUAAUUAUUAAAGCAAUUUGAGUCAGCACUUCUUGCUGAACAGUAAAUGGCAACCCAGCAUUUAUUUUAUGAAGAAAAUUCAGUUUUUGUUGUUGAGUAUUUCAACAUAACACCAACUUGACUUUUGACAUUACAAUAGUCAGCACUUAUGGAAAUGAUUUUAAAAUUCACAUAUAUUUUCUUUAUUUCUAAAGAGCAUUAACUCAAAUUUCUUUUUGGUCAGUGCUUUCACCUGCUUUAUUCAGUAUUAUUAAACCUCUACUUUAUACUCUUUAUAGUUAUAAAUAUCUACAUUUUUUCAAACUACAAUAAAGAAAAAAUAGACAUUAUAUUUUUGGCAGCAUUUGAAAUUACUGGUAUCAAAUAACUUACAAUGUCUAAACACAACAGUCCUUAAAAUCUAACUGAUUUUGAAAGUUGUGAGAAAGAAAUAAAUUUUUUUGCCUACUAUACAGUUAUUCUCUGGCAUUAUUCAGAAGUGAUAUAUUUGAGGUUUUUAAAGGGAGACAUGAUUCAAAUUUUUAAAUUUUUCUUAAAAAAAACAUAUUUUUUAUUGGCUUGAAAAAUUCUUUGAACCCUUUAGAAUUCAUUGGUAUGACCAAUUUUGUUUUCUAACAAUUAUAAUUUUAAAAAUUUAAUACGUAAUUGAUUUUUCGUAGUCACUUGCAACAAAACACUCCAAAUAAACCAAACGCUGCGCACUCCAAAAAAUCAUUUUCGCGCAAGGUCUGAACAACCUGCAACAAAAUAUUUUGCGUGCUUAUUUGUGUAUUUGUCGACAUGGAUUUAACUGAUAUUACUAUAACCGCUGGUGCCUUUUUAAUUGUAGAGGUAUUAGCGGGUAAUAGAAGAGCAAAAAAGAAAACCAAAAAUGUGGGCAAGACAUCUCUUUUUGCGCCUUCAAAAUAUGAUCUAGAUUAUAUGCAGAUGAAAAUUUUUAGAAUAAUGGCUGCAGAAUAUUUCGAGAAUCUGAUAUGUUUUAAUAGGUCCUAGAAUAAUAAAAAAAUACCCUAUUUCGAAAGUCAAUUUCUGUACAAGGUUUCCUGUCUGUUACACUGCGCUUUUUAGCCACUGGGGUCUCUUAACAUAGUGUACAAUAAUUAUUUAAAAUUUUGAUACGAUGAAUCGGCUUUAUAAUUAAUAAAACCUGCAACGCCCUUAUACAAGAACUUAAAGAUAAAAUAAAGGUUUGUUAAUUUAUGUGAAUAAUGUUAUUCACAUAAAUUAACAAAUGUUGCAGGGUCUAGACACAGAAAUUUGAAUGGGUGCAGAGAGAUUGGAUAAUUGAUUUACAUUAAAUGGUUGGUAAUUGCCUUGCUUUUCCGAUGAUAUAUUGUCCUUCUUAGUAUUUUCUCCACAUGUUGUUCAUAUAUUUGGUCUUUUUCGUUUCAUAAACUGCUUUACAGGUGUGGCUGACGUGCUUGGUUUUGAAGCUAACACAAUUACAGCGCAUGUGCUUUUGUUGUGUAGCAGGUGCCCUUGAUGUUAAUUCCGUAGCAAAUAUAUUGACACAAAUAAAAGAAGAAUUAGCAUUAAGUACUGUCCCUGUCCUACAAUAAUUAAUAAAUCUCAGUAAGUAAAUAGUUCCAAUCUUUAUAUUUACCUUUGCAUGUUCCUAUGUCCCUUUUGCUUUCUUCUAAAACUCGAUAUAAGACUUUCCAUUUUUUUCCACGUCCGAUGCGAUGCACCUUAUGCAAUUACUACGUAUCCAUCACGCUUCUUUACUUUUUCAUAAUUUGUUCCAUUUGUAGGAUCCCAUAAAAUAGCUACGCACAGUUAAAACACCACAAACGCAGCGGACGUUCAAACUGUCGUAUCUACUGAACAUCGGCGAACGAAUUAAUUCCCUUUGAGGAAGUUUUAUUUAUCUACAAAUCUCCGAAAAAGUUUUGCAUGUUCUGUUAUGUUCGGUGCCAUGUACUGAUUAGACGAAUUUGAUACAACGCGCGCGGCGCGUUUUCUUCGUUCGAAGUGCUUUGUUGCAAAUGAAUACCCACCAUUAAAAAGCGGGAAUUUUGAAUGUCGCAGAAUACUCGAGCUUUUAAUAUGAUUUCUUAAAAUAAUAAGUUAGCUUCAGAAAAAAUAGUAGAAAAUGCGAUAUUUCUGAAAACGUUUCCAAUGCUCUAAAAUGAAAAGAUAAUGUCAAAAUCGGUCUGUCAUAACUCUGUAAGUACUAUAAAUAGGAACUCAAAAUUUGAUUCCGAGGAAGCGGGUCUUAAAGUUAUGUAAUUCGAAAUUUUUGUUUGCGGUUCUUCAAAGGAGAAAACUACUUUCCUGACUAAUACCCCGACGAAGAUUGAAUUACAUCUCUGAAAAACGAGAUAUAAAUAGCAACAUCCCUAAUAACUCACAAUUGGGAGAGAGAGGGUUGUAACCGCUGAUUAGUUUCGACGUUUUUGUUUUUCUUUAGACCGGCGUAAUCACGUCUCGUUCGGAAUUUUUAAUCUGAACUAAGACGAUACGAGUGAGCGCUAUUAUUAAGUUCAUGUAGUUAAACAUUCAUUCCCCAAAAAACCCUAUUUCGCGCUGACCAUAUAUAAUAUAAAUAUAUAAAAUCUGCUUGUCACCUCUUAUACUAUAUCGAAUUGUUUCCACCUUUAAAGAACGUCAAACAAUAAUUUCGAAUUAUUGAAAAUCGAAAUACUAUAUAAUCGCACAACUGCGGCAAAAUUUUAACUGACUAAUGAAGUGAAGAUUGCACCAGAUAUCUGGGGGAUAUUUAACUACAUGAACCAACUAGCAGUACUUGCUGGUGUUUUCUUAGGUUCGGAUUAGAGACUCCGAAAGAGAGGUUAUUACGCCGCUCAAACAUACAAACCAUCGAAACUAGUCAGACUUUUGCUUUGCAAUUGAAAGCCAUUAGGGAUAUUUAUAUCGACAAAUAUUUGAAAAUUACUUAAUGCUGUUACUGUUGGAUGGUAAAUUAUUCAGGAAUUGUUUGUGCUUAAUACUCAAUCAACAACUACUGAUUUUUUAAUUUAUUCAAGUUCAUAAACUGAAUAUAAAUAACUUAAUUAUGUAAUGUAAACAUCAAUUGGAAAAUUCAAUUUCUCACGUUUCAUUUUUGAUAUACAUUUUCGAUAUGUUUUAUUACAAUAAAUAAAAAAUAUAUUUUCUUAAAAAUCAAAAA